AUGACGAUUAAGUUGGUUGUUGGAGGGCUCACCCUGAACAUUAUUAGUGCCUAUGCGUCGCAAGUAGGGUUAGAUGAGGAGACAAAAAGGCGCUUUUGGGAGGACUUGGACCAAGUGGUGGUCAGUAUACCGCCUACUGAGAAGCUAUUCAUAGGAGGAGAUUUCAAUGGGCAUAUUGGGUCUGUUUCGAUGGGCUAUGACGAGGUGCAUGGAGGAUUUGGCUUCGGGUGCAAGAAUAGUAGAGGAGCCUCACUCUUGGAUUUCGCAAAAGCUUUUGGUUUAAGGGUGGCCAACUCGAGUUUUCCAAAGAAGGAGGAGCACUUGGUAACCUUUCGUAGCUCGAGGGAGGCGACACAAAUAGACUUCUGGCUCCUUAGAAAAGAUGAUAAAAGUCUCUGUAAGGAUUGCAAGGUCAUACCAAGUGAGUACCUUACGACCCAACAUAAACUAUUGGUCAUGGACUUAGAGAUAAAAAGGAAGAAGAAGAAGAGGGUCGUGGAUGACCGACCGAGGAUUAGGUGGGGUCGUUUGACUCCGUCUAGUGCCCUAGAGAUGGGGGAGAAGCUGAUGGCUAUGGGGCAAUGGGAUAGUAGGGGGGAGGCGAGCAGUAUGUGGGAUAGGACAGCCAGCUGCAUUAGGGAAACAGCUAGAGAGGUGCUGGGGGUCUCACGAGGCCGCCAUAGCGGGUAUCGAGAGGAUUGGUGA